GAUCGUUCAUAGCAUCGACCAAUCAAGAAUCAACAUGCUUAGUGCUGCCAUCUUUGUAGCUGGACUGACUGCAGUUUUUGCCGAGGGAUAUGGAUCCCGGUGCUUCGACUGCAACUAUGCCCCAUCAGGCUACAGCUACCACGUGAACUACUGGAAGCGUGUCUCCUCCAAUGCUGGCUAUGAGGGAUGUGCUCUGACAGACAAAGAUGAUGCCGAGAGCCUUGACAAAUGGCACUGCUCUUCAGGAACAUGCUUCAUCCGUAGAGACAAGAAUGGACUUGUUUACCGUGGAUGUGCCAACCCAGAGAACCUCCCCCUUGGUGUAUCUGCCUACAGACAGUGUGCCUACCAGGGAGAGUCCUUCUACUUCUUCUGCAAGGGAGAUCUGUGCAAUGCUGGACAACUGGGACAAGAAGGAGUCUGUGGCUACAAACCUGCAUACUACGGACACUACAACCCAUGUGACGGCAAGUGUGCCUACAACCCAAGUGGUCUAUUUGCUGACCAUUACAACCACAAUGGCUUCAUCCAGUGUGGAUGUGACAACAAGAAUGGAAAGACAUGUAGCUGCUGCAAGCCUUUCUACAUGAGAUGCCCAUACGGAACUGCCUUUGAUGACUCUACCAAGGUCUGCAGUAAGGCUGCUUACAAUCCUCACUACGUACCAGCUCCCUAUCACCCUGCUCCCCACCACCAUGGCCACCACGCUCAUGCCCACCGUGCCCAUCACUACUAAAGUUGGAUAAUUGUAUUUGAUGGCUUAUAAUGUAUUUGUACACCAAAGAGAACAAUAAAACUUCCACUAAUUGAUAAAUUUACUUUUUAGUUUUUUCUGUUUUGAAUUGUUUUAAAGAGAUAUCUGAAAGUCAGUGACAUUAAUUCACUACAAUUAAAUAAUCAGUCUGCAAAAUUAUAAAAUUGUAGCAAAUUUUUUAUUCCCAAAAACAAACAAGAUAAUCAUUAUCUGUGUCAGUUUAUAUCCCUAUUAUUUUGGUGAGAUAAAAAUAGGUUCAUGAAUAUGGUAAGGUCUUUCAAAUUAUUCCCAAAAAAUAUUGAGAAAGAAACAUAUGGCAUAUUGAUGAUCUCUCCAGCAUUAAAGCACAUGGGCGUUGCACACACCUGAGAUUUUAACGUUGCACUCAUUGAAUCAAUGAAAUAAUGAAAAAAAUAGGCAUAUCUU